AUGAAAACCGCCAUUAUUUUGACCGUCGCCUCGUUGGCCGCUGUGCUUGGUGCCAAGCCAGCCGAUGAAGUGAAAACCGAAGCGGCCGCCGGGCGCUACGGUCGACCAUCCCGUGGAUACGGUGGAGGCUACGGAUAUCAGCAACCGAUUGGAUACUGGCAGCCACUGAUUCAGGAUCGCUUCGUGUGCGACCUCGACGCCUCCGUCCUCCUCGUCGUCGACUCCAACCGCCACCAUCACCGUCCAUCCGGCUACUACGGUAACCCAUCCGUCCCAGCAAACCGUGCCGUCCGUGUGAAGUGUGCUGAAGUCGCCAACCACGACAUUGACUCGUGCAACCUCUGCUGCCAACAAACCGCCCGUCGUGACACUUCCCUUCCAAAUGACAAGCUCUUUGGAUUCCUGGCACUCACCAAAACCGACGAUGACGAGACAUUCAAGAGAUCCAAGAGAGGCGCUGAUGACGAUGACGAUGAUGAGGAUGAGGAUGAUGAUGAGCGCCGUCGUCGUGGAGGAAAAUACCAUCGUGUCGACUCCACCUACGUCUCGGAAGCCGACUGGUCCCCACCAAAGUAUCACUCCAACGUCAAGUGCGUCUGCUGUGCUCCAAGAACCAAUCCAGCUGCUCAGAACCCAUCCACCUACAGUAACCCACCAGCCGCUUCCAACCCAACUGGUUACGGUAGCAACACCUUCACCGCCGUCCCAGCCGCUCCAGUCAACACCGCCGCCUCUCAGCCACUCGUCGAUUCUUGGCAAUCGGAGACUUCUGGAAACUCCUGGAACACUGGAUCCGCCGCUGCUCCAGCUGCUCCAUCUGCCAACUGGAACACUGGAUCCGCCGCUGCUCCAGCUGCUCCAUCUGCCAACUGGAACACUGGAUCCUCGACCGCGGCCGCCGAUUCUUGGGGAGCCGCUUCGGAUGCUGCUGCUCCAGCACCACCACCAGCUGCUGCUAUCACAACUGCACCAAACACUUAUUAA